AUGGGAGGAUCCAGUUGCGAAAGUUUCGACCACCUGAUCUGGGACAGGAAUGACGGGGAGUGGGAGAAGGUGCAGGCCGAGAUGCGGCACCGCUCCGCCAUCCAGCUGGUGGAACAGCUUGCAUCUGAGAAACUCGGUCGUCUUUCGAACUGGAUCGCUCCGAUGAAUAUUAGCGGGUACAACAUUCUUUACAGACUUCGGACGCAAUCCUCCUCCUUCUUCUCCUCCUUCUCCUCCUCGACCCCAGAUGUCGUAGUGGCGAACAAGCAUUCCAUGUCGGGAGCCCUGAAUGCCACCAACGACGAGCCCAGCAAGCCCUUCGUCCUGGAUCCCAACAUCUCAGAGGAUUCUCUUGAAGACCUCUAUUCCAAACUCGGUGGGGGUUUGUAUUCGGUGGCGGCACGUCUCGUGGCCCGCAACAUGAACAAUAUGCUGCAGCUAGCAGGCAUUCCGCGGUCGAUAUUCCCCCCGAGAGAGAAGACGUUCGAGAGCGCAGAUGAAUACUACGCGGAGCUCGCCAGGAUGCAUCUGGCCCAGCUCGUAGUUCAGCACAACGACCUGGUCACCUUAGCAGACGAUUGCCGAAACAAACAACUGGUCGGCGCAAUCGAGAAGCAGCGGCUCUUUCCACCUGUAUUGCACCUGUAUUGCGACGACCUGAGACCAGCGAUUAUCCUUCUCGACGACAGCGAGGACAUUGCCACUUUCAUCGAUUGGGAGUUCAAAUAUGCGGCUCCGAGUCAUUUCUCGCUCGAUCCACCCUGGUGGCCAGUCCUCGAAAAGCCCGACCAGUGGGAAGGCGGCACCGAGGACUGGGUUAGAUUCUACGAGCCACGAAUGAGGAUCUGGCUCUCAGCUACGGAAACGGCCGCAGCGGCCCUGGAUCUGAACGAGUGGCCGGUAUUCCACACGGGGCCGACCGGCGAGACGCACAGAGCCCAAGGGGGUGUUGCCGGGGUGGUUAUAUCCAAAGACAUCCCCUUGUCGACCUCCGUGCGCGAGAGCUGGGACACGGGCCGGUUCUGGCUCAACUACGCGGCGCGAGAUCGCUGUGCGUUUGACGCCCUCUUCUGGAUAUUCCUGGACGAGAAGUUCUUCGGAGCAAGACGGGACAACGUUGGCAGAGAGGAGGUUUGGAAGACGAGACUGCGCCUUCUAAGCGAGGCAGAGCCGGUCGGGAAGGAACCCUUCGUAGAACGCAAGAUGAGCGACACUCAGGAGCGCAAAAUCAUGGAGUGGAACUCGGAGGAUGCACAUAGAAGCAAGCAGUGUAAUUUACAUCCCGGCGACGUCCCACAGGGGGCUUACUUUUUCUUCUCGGUUCUCGGGACUGCUCGUGACGUUUCGGGAACCGGCCAUUCCCCAUUCCUCAUUCCCAUUCCCACUCGUUACAAACUUACGAACAAGCGAAGGCAUAGCGGAGCUUUCUGGGGGACUUUUGAGCGCAAGAACAGACGGAGAACAGGCAACGCAUACACGCACAGUGUCUUGACAACGUCCGUGGAGCAGCAUCAUUACAUUCACCACCAGUGA